AUGGACGGAGCAGCAGUCCAAGUAGGACGCAACACGACUUUCAUGGAAACGAUCAACAGAGCAGCAAUUGAUUACCACAUUUCCAGGCCGUAUCGACCGGAAGAAAACCCAGCCAAAGGGGGAAUCAGAGAACUUAAAGGACGGUUCUACAGACUAAUAGUUAAGCAUGGGGUACCAGAACGACUUUGGGAUUUUGUACUUGACUACGUGGUUGACACGAUGAAUAUUACGGCGAACUACUCAAGGUAUUCUGAUGGAAGAGUGUCAUUGGAAGUGAUCACUGGCAUCACACCCAACAUAACGGAGUACAUGGACUUUACCAUCUACGGAUGGGUAUACUAUCGCACGGAUGGCGCCUUAGGGACGAAUGAGAUUGGAGACAUCAGUUGGGGGAAGAAUGAAAUACCACCACAAUUGAUGUUUGACCUUGAAUUGGAAGACGCCGAAUUCAAAUGCAGUUUCAACAAGUUGAUCGAGGCUGAGGACGUUGAUGACGGCAUGCUCCAGGGGACUACGGAAACAGACGACAUCAACGCACAAAACUAUGUCAACAUGGAAAUUGGUUUAAGGCGAGGCCAAGAAGGGGAACUACAGCGUGCUGUUGUACGCAGGCGAAUUGUUGAUGCAGAAGGAAACCCAACCGGUGUGGCAAACAACAACCAGUUACUAGACACAAGGCAAUACAAAGUCGAAUAUGAAGACGGAGGCACCGAGAUAUUCUCCGCAAAAUUACUAGCAGAAAACCUACUGGUGCAAGUGGAUGAACAUGGCCACAAACACUUGCUGAUGGAAGAGAUCACGGAACACCGUUCUAACAAGAAAGCAGUAAAGAAACAAGACGGUUUUUAUAGCUUGAAGAGUGUAACGCAACGAAGACGACAUACUACCGCAGGUUGGGACUUUUAUGUCACUUGGAAAGAUGGUUCCUCGAACUGGAUACCUUUGUAA